AUGAGUCAACAGGGUUAUGUUGCUGCACCCCCAUACUCCCAGGCCCAGCCAGGGAUGGGGGGCUAUCAAGGUGGAUUUGGGAGUGGUCCUGCACAGCCCCUCUAUGGGCACUACGGGGGACCACCUCAGGCAUUCUCCGCUCCACAAACAGGUAUGAUGAAAUCACCAGUUUCUUCUGCCGCCGGUAUGCCUCCACCCCCGGUGUCCAGUCAGUAUAAUCCAAAUGUCCAGCAGAAUGGCACUCAUCCGCAAAGGUACCCUGCUCCACCAGCUGCAUCUGCUGCUUAUGGACAACCUCCACAGUCCCCAUACAACAGCAUGGCCUCACCUGGCACGCCUGCAACCCAGCAGCUCACCAAUCAGAUGAGUGCUGUGAACUUGGGUAGCUAUGCCCCAGGACCCAUGCAGAGCCCUCUGCUUCCAACAAACUCUGUAGCUCAGCAGCCUUUCCAGUCAUCUCCUCCACCAGCAAUGGGCCAGCCGCAGAUGCCUCCAGGCCCGCAGUCUCCCCAUGUGUCUCAACAAAUGACCCCUCAGAUGUCUUCACAACAGUCACUCCCAGGAAGCAUGCCAUUGGCAGGCCCACCGAUGGCAGGCCCACAGAUGGCAGGCCCACCGAUGGCAGGCCCACCGAUGGCAGGCCCACCGAUGGCAGGCCCACCGAUGGCAGGCCCACCGAUGGCAGGCAUGGGUAGACCUUUCAAUGGGCCGCCUCCUCAAGGCCCGGGAGGUUUCCAGCAGCCUGGUCCUGGAGCUGCUGGUCCACCAGGCUACCCACAGCAAGCCGGUCAGUUUGGGGGGCACAUGGCUGGGCCCCAGCAAGGCAUGCCAGGGGCCUUCCCUGGAGCACCAUCUGCACUUGCUGGCCCACCACAGAAGAAACUGGACCCUGACUCUAUCCCAAGCAUAACCCAAGUCAUUGAGAAUGACCAAGUAAAACAAGGAGGAAAGGUCUUCAGCACAAACAUCAGAGGACAGGUUCCACCUCUUGUCACCACUGACUUCACAGCACAGGACCAAGGCAAUGCCAGUCCCAGGUUCAUACGCUGCACCACCUACUCCUUGCCCUGCACUGCCGAUCUGGCCAAACAGUGCCAUGUGCCCCUGGCUUCUAUUAUUAAACCCUUUGCCAAUUUGCAAACGAAUGAGACUCCUCUAUAUGUUGUGAACCAUGGGGAGACAGGCCCCAUCCGCUGCAAUCGAUGCAAGGCCUACAUGUGCCCCUACAUGCAGUUUAUCGAUGGCGGUCGUCGCUACCAGUGUGGUUUCUGCAACUGUGUCAAUGAAGUGCCUGUCUUCUACUUCCAACAUCUUGACCACAUGGGCCGGAGGGUGGACUUCUAUGAGAGGCCUGAGCUGUCCUUGGGAUCCUAUGAGUUUGUAGCCACCCUGGACUACUGCAAGAACAACAAGCCUCCGAAUCCUCCUGCUUACAUCUUUAUGAUUGAUGUGUCUUAUAACAACAUUAAAAGUGGACUGGUCAAACUGAUAUGUGAUGAGCUGAAGACUCUGCUAGAGAAACUGCCCAGAGAGGAAGGUAUGGAGAGCUCAGCGAUUAAGGUGGGCUUUGUCACCUACAACAAGGUCCUCCACUUCUACAACGUGAAGAGCGCUUUGGCCCAGCCCCAGAUGAUGGUGGUUUCAGACACGGCUGAGAUGUUUGUCCCGCUGCUCGAUGGCUUCCUCGUCAACUACCAGGACUCAAGGGCUGUCAUCUACAACCUCCUGGACCAGAUCCCUGACAUGUUUGCAGACACCAACGAAAGUGAAACGGUCUUUGCCCCUGUCAUCCAGGCCGGUGUGGAGGCAUUUAAGGCAGCAGAAUGUAGCGGAAAGCUCUUUAUCUUCCACUCCUCCAUGCCCACUGCUGAGGCUCCUGGCAAACUGAAAAACAGGGAUGACAAAAAGCUGGUCAACACGGAGAAGGAGAAAACCCUGUUCCAGCCUCAGAAAGGAGUGUAUGAGCAACUGUCGAAGGACUGUGUGGCACAGGGCUGCUGUGUGGAACUCUUCCUCUUUCCCAGCCAGUACGUGGACUUGGCAACCAUGGCUGAUGUGCCCACGCACACUGGGGGCUCUGUCUACAAGUACAACAACUUCCAGGUGGAGACAGAUGGGGAGCAUUUCCUGAGAGACCUAAGGAAAGAUGUGCAGAAGAGCAUCGGAUUUGAUGCCAUCAUGCGUGUUCGUACCAGUACAGGCUUCAGAGCCACAGACUUCUUUGGUGCCGUCCAUAUGAACAACACCACAGAUAUAGAGAUGGCAGCUGUGGAUUGUGACAAGGCUGUGACCGUCGAGUUCAAGCAUGACGACACGCUCAGUGAGGAGACCGGGGCACUCAUGCAGUGUGCCUUGCUGUACACCACCAUCAACGGCCAGCGACGCCUGCGUAUCCACAACAUCAGUCUGAAAUGCAGCGCGCAGCUGUCAGAGCUGUACAUGAACUGUGAGACCGACUCACUCAUCAACUUCUUUGCCAAAUCAGCUUACCGUGCGAUAUUGAACCAGCCUCUAAAGAAUGUGAGGGAGAUCCUGGUCAGCCAGACAGCCCACAUGUUGGCCUGCUACAGGAAGAACUGCGCCAGCCCCUCCGCUGCGAGCCAGCUGAUCCUGCCGGAUGCCAUGAAGGUGUUCCCAGUCUACAUGAACAGCCUGAUGAAAAGUGCUCCCUUGGUGGGCAGCACAGAGCUCUCCACUGAUGACAGAGCCCAUCAAAGGCUGUCGGUCAUGGCCAUGGGGGUGGAAGACACACAGCUGCUGCUCUACCCACGCCUCAUCCCACUGCACAACCUGGACGUUAGCAGUGAGGCCCUGCCUGCUCCGGUGCGCUGUUCAGAGGAGCGUCUUGCAGAAUCAGGCAUGUUCCUGCUGGAGAACGGCCACUCCAUUUUUCUGUGGCUGGGCCAAGCAAGUCCACCCGACCUCAUCCAGAGCAUCUUCAACCUGCCCUCCCUCGCACACCUGCAAGGACACAUGUGUGCGCUGCCGGAGCUAGACAACCCAUUGUCAAAGAAGGUCCGAUCCAUCAUCGAUGGCCUGCUCGAAAAGAGGCCGAACUCCAUGAAGCUCGUAAUCGUGAGGCAGAAGGACAAACCAGAGAUGUUGUUCCGUCAGUUCCUAGUGGAGGAUAAAGGUCUGCACGGUGGUGCCUCCUACAUGGACUUCCUUUGCUACGUUCACCAAGAGAUCAGGCAGCUGCUCACCUAACCCCAAAUGCUUGUCCUCGGUGUUCCCAUCCAGACUGGCCUGGGAGAACCACGGCAUUUAAUGGACCAUGCACAAAUCUCACAGGGUCAGUCGCAGUAGGUUCUAUUUGAAUCUUAAGGACGGUCCAUAGAAAACUGUUUCAUAAAGACAGAAGAGGGAACAAGGAACCAGGGAGAUCCUUUUGAGAGAGUCUACAGCUGCCUUUCCUACAUGCCUUUGUCAUCCUUUAGUUUCCACACAGUAUGAUCUUCAAAUAACCACUUGUCACUUGAGGAGCUUGAACUGAACAACAAAGAUACUUUGUGUGAUGGACGGUGGAGACUGGAAUGCAUUUUGGCAGAAAGCCCACUGGUAUAAGCAAUACAGCGUAUAUAUCUCUGCUGCGUAUUCAGUUGAUUAAAGCAUUUUUUUUUUUCUUUUCACUUUGUAGAUUUACAGGGUCUGGAUAAGACAAGGGGUUAUUUGUGGGCCAUACUGUAGGUGUUUACUUUGAAACCCAAUAAAAGCUUGCCAGUGUUUGUUACUCCCAUGAAGUAUAAAUAUGUAAGGGAGUCUCAGUAACUAAUUUUACAAUCUUAUUUUCUUUUUUAAACAAUAAAUACUCAAAAGAAAUUUUACAAUAUCCAAACAACAGAGGUUUUUACAUUUUAAUCCCACUUUUCCUGUCUUAGUAGAAAAUUUAUUAAAAUAAACAUUUAAGCGGUGCAUCUACAGUACUGGGUAAUUCAUAAUUUUGCAGAAACAAUGCCAAAAUAAAAGCCACUGAUUUGCCAGAACUGAAAAUUCUUCCUGUCAUUAAACUAUGAGUAAUUCAUAGCAUUUGAUUCACACAUGGUACCACAAAAAAUCAGAUUCUUUGACCAUUUAUGGCUGAGAUUUUAUCUUCACAAUGUGCAGUGACGUGGAAAAUGUUCUGUUUUGGUGUCCUGAGAAUACAAUGAAAUGAACACAGCUGUUGCUCUACACUUGUCCACAGUAGACCAGUCAGAGUUGGUUCUAAAAACGGUAGUUUAAGGGAUGCUUAUUUAAAUAUGUAAUGAGGAGGAGGAAUGGACCGCUAAUGAUGCAGAGAGGCAUUAAAGGGAAGAGGUUACAGGGAACAAAUACAAAGCUUUUCCCUCAAACUGUCACGUUAAACAUUAUGAUUUAACCCUGUUGGAGCGACUCAUUUUGAGAAAGACUAGCAAACAACCUCCAGCAGUGUCAUAUUUGUAUGGAAAACAGUGCCAGUCGACUUUCAGAGCAACCGGAAGAGCUCUGUCAGGACCAACAAAUCGGACUUUGGCUCACUGUUCAACCACCCAAAUUCAGUAAAAUCUUGUUACACUAAGAUCUAUAAUCUAAAAAAAAAUUGUCUUUCAUGAUACCAUGUAACAUUUCAGUCAUGACUUGCAUCAUACUGUAUUGCCUUUUUUGCUUUUAUAAAGGUAAAUGCUUCUGUGUAAUUCAUGUUCUUCAUUUGACAAAUAUUGUAAGAUCUUUUGACAUAAUGUCUUUGUACUUUGCACUUGUGUGGCCUACACAAGUGCAAAGACUACGUCUUUUUGUACAUGAAAAGUGCAACUUGUGUUUUCAAAAUAUUACUAUCUGCCUUAAGUUGAUAUAACGGUUGUGAAAAAACAUGUUAAAAUGUCUGUGUCGAGGUCUAUGGCUGAUUUCAAUCUAUUUGGUUUGUAUGCAAACUUAUCUCAGGUAAUUUGAGUACCUUACUAUUUCAAGUUGGAAGCAGUGAUUUGAAUUGAACUGGAAAGAUGGAUGGUUGGUUUUGGGAGUAGACUUGUGGAAAUCCAUGGCCUCGGUGUGCCAUGUACAUUUAUUCCAAACCCUAAACAAACCUUUGUCUAAUUAAA